AGCAAUCCAUGGCGGCCGCCGGCCAGAGCUUCUCUUCCCUUCCCGCAUUUAAUAAAGCUGCGUUGACCCUCUGUGCUUUGAUCUUCUCUUCCUUCAGUACAGCGGUAGGGGUGGUAGGGCCUUGCAUUAAUACAGCCGCCCGCUGUCCUUAUGGGCGAUUGUCUUCUCUUCCUGCAUUUCAGCUCUUAAUUCAUGGACGAUUAUCGCUAUCUCGUAAUAUUAUAAUAAACCAGAGAUCAACACACUCUGUGGGAUCUGAUGGUGCCGGAUGGUGAGGUAGAGAAAGGCCAAGAAGGCGACAGAAUCCGGGUUUCACAGAUGAAGAGUUCCCCCAAGGAGGAGGUGUCUAUAGCAAUCUCCGGCGAAGCUUCUCCGGAUAUGGCGGAAGAUCGGGCUCCAGAAAGCCAUCUCUUGCACUCUGGACCACGCACUCCGGCGUCUCCUCGGCCAAUAGGCGGAGGGGAUGAUGAGGAAGAUGAGGAGGAGGAUGAGGAGAUUUAUAAGAAGAUUGAGUUGAGUAGAAAGAACCCUAGGAGAGUAAGAAAGCUGAGUGUAUUUCAGUUGUUUGUAUUUCUCGCCAUUUCAAGCUGCUUGUUAGCCAUUGUUAGCAUUGAGAGGCUUAGACGGUCUGUGAUCUGGAAAUUGGAGCUUUGGAAGUGGUGUCUGCUUGCAAUGGAGGUUUUCUCUGGGCUGUUUCUUGUUCGGUCCUUGAUGUGUCUCGUGCUUUUCUCGAUCGAGAGGAAUUUUUUUCUCAAGAAGAAGGUUCUCUAUCUAUUUCAGGCUUUGAAGAGGAGUGUCCAGGCAUUCGUUUGGAUCAGCAUGGUUUUCGGUACCUGGGUUUCUUUGUUUAAUCACGGAGUGGAACGUUCUAAAAUUGCUGCCAAAACUGUUAACCUUGUAUCUUCAACUCUAGUUGCUCUUCUUGUCGGUUCGUUUUUGUGGGUAUUGAAGACCUUGUGUUUGACAAUUUUGACAUCUAGACUCCACCUCAAUGCAUACUUUGAUAGAAUUCAGGAGUCACUUUUUCAUCAAUAUGUUAUCCAAACCCUCUCGGGCCCUCCACUAAUUGAGAUGAUGCUGACCUUUGACUCUAGCUCUAGGGUCACCAAAAAGGUUAAGAGUAGUAGAAUUACAAUUGCUACUAAUACAAAUCAAGAAUUAGCCUCAAUCCAUCCUUUUAACCGUGAAAAUGUCUCAGCAUGGACUGUUAAGGUUAUGGUUGAUGGACUCACAGGUUCCUCUUUAUUAAUUAGCUGCAAUGCAUCAGAUGAAUUUGAUGAUGCUACCGAUAGAGAGAUUUCCAAUGAGAUGGAAGCAAUAGCGGCUGGUUACCAUAUCUUUAAGAAUGUUGUUCAGCCCGGUUCUAAGUACAUUGAUGAGGAUGACCUCUCAAGAUUCUUAAACAAGGAGCAGGUGGAUAUGGUUUUUCAUUCCAUUGAUAGGUCUGAUAUGGGGCGCAUUGACAAAAGAUCUCUAAUAGACUGGGUGGCGAAGGUUUUUCGUCAGCGGCGCGUACUCGCACAUGCAUUGACUGACACCAAAGCUGCCAUUAAGCAAUUGAACACAAUUGUGUCCGGGAUGCUUUUCCUUGUGAGCAUUGUUAUUUGGCUCCUGUUGUUGAAGAUUACAACCGCAGAAACUCUUGCUUUAUUCUUAACUGCUAUAGGUUUUACAUUUGGCAACACUUGCAAGAGUUUAGUUGAAUCUGCAAUAUUUGUAUUUGUGGUCCAUCCUUAUGAUGUUGGCGAUCGAUGUGUUAUCGAUGGUGUUCAGCUCGUAGUUGAAGAAAUGGACAUCGUUACAACAGUUUUCUUGAAGGUGGACAAUGAAAAGGUUUACUAUCCAAACUCAUUUUUGGCUACAAAAGCUAUCAGCAAUUAUAAUAGAAGUCCAGAUAUGGGUGAUUCGGUUGAGUUCACUAUUGAUUUUGCAAUACCACUCGAGAAGAUUCAAGUGCUGAAAGAAAGGAUUAAGAAGUAUAUAGAGAUGAACCCUCAACACUGGUAUCCUACUCAUAAUCUUGUAGUGAAAGAAACUGAGAACGAGAGUAAACUGAAGGUGACUCUCUAUUGUAAUCAUACAAUGAACUUUCAAGAAUUUGGAGAAAAAAACAGACGGAGGACUGAGCUUAUCAUUGAGAUGAAGAAAAUUUUUGAGGAGCUAAAUGUAAGAUCUAAUCUUAUGCCUCAAGAAACUCCUCUUAGCCGGUUGGAUUCCGUAAAUAGGGGUGACAAAUGAUGGAUGGUUGCUUCAGUAAUCUGCAUGUUGUGAAUUAAAGACAAAUUGGAUUUUCUUGACAUUGAUGGGAAUUUAGUAUGUUUGGUUAUGAAUCUGUGAUGAUGACAUGAAUUAGCAUCCCAUUUUUUUGAAGAAUGUGCAGAGAUGGUUUGCUUGGAAAGAGAGAUGAUGACUCUAUAAAGGGAUGCGCAAGGACUAUGGUAGAACACGAACACUUUCUCGUAUACUAUCCAUACACUUUGGAGGAUGUGAAACGAUAUCUUUAUGGACUGUCCAAGUUAGUCCAAUUAAAGUGGUCACACAAAUUAAGAUCUAUGUUCUAUAAGUCGUUUGUGUCUUGUACGUGUUCUUAAGGGCUUCCUAAAGUGAUCUAGAUUCUUUUGUGCAAAGAUGCUUAAUGAAUAAAUGUGCUCUGUGGAGUAUCGAGAAUGCUUGCUCGAUACUUUGCAAAGAAAACCUGUGACGAUGGAUGAUGGGACACCUUUACUUUGGGAUGCACCAUACAUACCCAAGAUGAAGAAGAUUUAUUUUGGGAUUUGAGCGUUCCACAAACUAUUGAAGAAGGAUGGAAGGUAAUACAUGUUGAAUACUUCUAUGAGAAGAAGAUGCAUAGGUGCAAUUAUAUUUGAUUCCUCGGCUUUCAUCGUAUGCAAGCCGUAACACUUCAGGAAAGGUUUCAUGACAUCAGAUACUCCCUUCGUCCCUAAAUAAACUUCCCUUAUUGACUUUUUGGGAAAUUAAGGGAGGGAUAUUUUGGUGUUGACUUUCCAAAAAUACCCUUGAUGUGAUGGAUAAAAGUAAGAUGUGAUGGGUAGAUUAUUAGUAAAAAGGUAUGAUGUGAUAGGUAGGGUAUGAAAAAGUAAGGGGUAAAAGUGGUUUUCUAAGGGAAAAGAGAAGUUUUUUUGGGGACAAAGAAAAAACGAAAGAGGAAGUUUAUUUGGGGACAGAGGGAGUAUUAUACUUGAGAAUUUAGUGAAGCCCUUAGACAGGUGAUCACGGAUGCAUGUUCAAAUAGAGCUCGAAAGGAGUGGUGCAUUAGCGAUUGUGAAGCAAUGAUACCUUAAUGUCAAGCGAUUGACAAAUGUACUUUCAAGAUGGGAGCUGUCAAGCUAAUCUAGUGACAGCUCACAUUAAGGUACUUUAUCAUCGCUUCACAAACACUAAUGCACCACACCUUUCGAGCUCCAUUUGAACUUGCAUCUUUGAGUGUGUCUUUGCACCUAUACUUCUUGUGAUAAAAAUUAGGAAUGGUUAGCAUGUAUAAUCUUCCAUCCUUUUUCUAUUGUUCUCAUAACCUUCACCAUCACCGGAGUAACCUUUUUUAUCUUGAGUAUGCGUUGUGCAUCCCAAGAUAAAGGCGAUCCAUCGUCAAACGAAGAUUCUCGAUACUUUACAAGGCACGUUAAGUACUUUCGCACGAAAGAAUAAGAACUUUUGUUUGCA